ACUUCAGAGGCGUUUCUUACCCAGUUCUUAGGAAAACGACAAAGGCUGCCACUUACCGCAACUAUCAGCUGGGCCGGGCACUUCUGUACAUCAGCUGGCAGAAACCGCUAACCGCUCGCAGGGCAGGUGAAAUGGACUAUCCUUCGGAACAAAUGAAGCCCCUGUUGAGAGCAGUUCUGCAGGCUGAUCUGCAAAACUGGCUGAUGGAUGAGGAGUUCUUCUCCUUAGGGAUCAGAAUACCUCCUGCUUUUCGCCAAGCCUUUGGAAUCACUCCUUUCUGCCACACUACCUUCACCAGUUUCCACAGGCGGUCUUAUGUCCAUUUGGUGUUCAGGUGCCUGGAUAGGCGGCAUAUCACUUGGAAUGGUAACUGGCUCAUGCCUCCGAUCCUCAGAGGUCUAGAUGAGGAGGCGAUUGUUGACCACGGAAAGACGAGCUUCGCCACUCUCUCAAACUAUGAGAAAGACGAUUUUGAAAGCCACAGAGCAGUGUACGUGGGUGUCCAUGUUCCUCUUGGGAGGGAGAGUAAGCGGAGGCAUCGCCACAGAGGACACAAGCAAAGAAAGAAGAAGAAUAGAGAUUCCGAGGAGGGGAAGGAAGACGGCAGGGAUUCUCCUACUUAUGACACGCCAUCCCAGAGGGUACAGUUCAUCUUGGGUACGGAGGAUGAUGACCUGGAGCACGUCCCUCACGACCUCUUCACCGAAAUGGAUGAGCUGUCCUUUAGAGAUGGCACUGCCACUGAGUGGAGAGAGACUGCCAGAUGGCUGAAGUUUGAAGAGGAUGUGGAAGAUGGUGGGGAGAGGUGGAGUAAGCCUUACGUGGCCACAUUGUCCUUACACAGCUUAUUUGAACUGCGUAGCUGCAUACUUAACGGCACAGUUUUGCUGGAUAUGAGGGCCAGUAGUAUCGAGGAAAUCGCAGACAUGGUGAUAGACAGCAUGGUGGCGUCAGGGCAGCUGAAGGAGGAUUUGCGUGACAAGGUGCGGGAAGCAAUGCUGAAGAAACACCAUCAUCAGAAUGAGAGAAAGCUCAGCAAUCGCAUCCCACUUGUGCGCUCCAUUGCUGACAUAGGCAAGAAACAUUCUGACCCACUCUUGCUUGAGAAGAACGGAGAGGGCCUGUCCUCUUCACGUCUUUCUCUCCACAAGCCAGGGACAGCAUCCUCUGUAUCCAACCUGUCCCAGAGACGAGAGUCCAGAGUCUCCGUUCUGCUCAACCACCUGCUGCCCUCUUCUUCUUCCAACACUGGGCUUUCCCCAGGUCCUUCUCCCUUUACCACCCCUCAGGCUUUACGCCGUUCUCAGAGCCCAUCACACAGACAGGGCGUAGUCCUCGGCCCACAAGGCAUCCCUGAGGUUGUGGUAUCUCCUCCAGAGGAUGAGGACCCACCAGAAGAAGAGGCGGUAUCACCACAGCUCAGCCGGCGAGCAUCCUCAGCAUCCCAGAGCGUUGAGCUGCUGCCCUUAGAAGGACCACUGGUGUCUCAGAACUCCGUCCCAAACAAUCUGGAUAGCAACAAGGCAAUGGAUAGGCGGCCAUCCAAAGUAGGGGUGGACAUGAAUUUCAUGAAAAAGAUUCCCCCGGGUGCUGAGGCUUCCAAUGUGCUAGUGGGAGAAGUGGACUUCCUGGAGAAGCCCAUAAUUGCAUUUGUUCGACUGUCACCUGCAGUCCUUAUCACAGGCCUUACUGAGGUGCCUGUGCCCACAAGGUUUCUUUUCCUGCUUUUGGGUCCUCAUGGUAAAGGACCACAGUACCAUGAAAUUGGCAGAUCCAUGGCCACGCUAAUGACAGACGAGAUUUUCCACGACGUUGCAUACAAGGCCAAAGACCGAACUGAUCUACUCUCUGGGAUAGAUGAGUUCCUUGAUCAGGUGACUGUCCUUCCUCCUGGAGAGUGGGAUCCCACAAUUCGAAUUGAGCCACCCAAGAAUGUCCCAUCUCAGAUAAAGAGGAAAACACCACUGCAGCCCAAUGGCAGUACACCUCCAGCUGGAGAACUGGAAAAAGAGGAGGACCAUCAUGCAGGGCCUGAGCUGCAGAGGACUGGGAGAAUUUUCGGAGGUCUGGUCCUGGAUGUCAAGCGGAAAGCGCCCUUUUACUGGAGCGACAUCAGGGAUGCUCUCAGUCUACAGUGUCUCGCUUCUGUCCUUUUCCUUUACUGCGCCUGCAUGUCUCCUGUCAUCACAUUCGGGGGUCUGCUUGGGGAGGCGACAAAAGGCAACAUAAGCGCCAUCGAGUCUCUAUUUGGGGCAUCACUGACAGGAGUAGCAUACUCCCUCUUUGCAGGCCAGCCCCUCACUAUUCUUGGCAGCACGGGGCCUGUUUUAGUAUUUGAGAAGAUCCUCUUUAAGUUCUGCAAGGACUAUAGCUUGUCCUACCUGUCUCUACGGACCAGCAUUGGUCUGUGGACUGCCUUCCUGUGUAUCAUCCUCGUGGCCACAGAUGCAAGCUCUCUGGUUUGCUACAUUACCCGCUUCACAGAGGAGGCCUUUGCAGCAUUGAUCUGCAUCAUCUUCAUCUACGAAGCUCUAGAGAAACUCUUUCAUCUGGGAGAAUUGUACCCUGUCAACAUGCAUAACAGCUUGGACAACCUUACUCUGUAUUCGUGUCAGUGUUCUCCACCAGCAAAUGCUACAGAUGAGGUCAUGCAGAAGUGGAACCAGUCCGGAUAUAGUCCAGACUCUAUCGAAUGGAGCAGCCUCAGUGUUUCAACGUGCAAAUUGCUCCAUGGAGACUUUGUGGGUCCUGCCUGUGGUCACCAUGGGCCGUAUAUCCCAGAUGUUCUCUUUUGGUCUGUUAUCCUCUUCUUCACAACCUUCUUUUUGUCAUCAUUCCUCAAGCAGUUUAAAACAGAAAGAUACUUCCCCACCAGGGUGAGAUGUUGGUUAAGCAGCUUCGCUUCUUUCAACACAUUACAAGUAAUGUGUAAGAUAAAUAUUCUCAGUUAGUUCAUACCUUAUAUACUUAAUGUGGCUUGCACUUUUGCCCAGCCAACUUCAAAGAACAGAGGCUGGCUAAUGGAUCCGUUAGGAGAAAACCCUUGGUGGACACUGCUGGUGGCAGUACUUCCUGCCAUGCUCUGCACCAUCCUCAUUUUUAUGGAUCAGCAGAUCACAGCAGUCAUCAUCAACCGCAAAGAGCACAAGCUGAAGAAAGGAUGUGGCUAUCACCUGGACUUGCUCCUCGUGGCAAUAAUGCUGGGCGUGUGCUCCAUUAUGGGCUUGCCGUGGUUUGUGGCUGCAACCGUCCUCUCCAUUUCCCACGUUAACAGCCUGAAGGUGGAGUCUGGCUGCUCCGCACCGGGAGAACAGCCCAAGUUUUUGGGAAUCCGGGAACAGCGAGUCACGGGAUUUAUGAUCUUUGUCCUGAUGGGUUGUUCUGUCUUCAUGACAUCAGUGCUCAAGUUUAUUCCAAUGCCGGUUCUGUACGGAGUCUUUCUCUACAUGGGUGUCUCUUCCCUCAAAGGCAUUCAAUUCUUUGACAGAAUCAAACUGUUUGGCAUGCCUGCAAAGCACCAGCCUGACCUGAUCUACCUGCGCUAUGUGCCACUGUGGAAGGUCCAUAUCUUCACCCUGAUACAGCUCAGCUGUUUGGUGCUGCUCUGGGUAAUCAAGGUGUCUGCAGCAGCUGUUGUAUUCCCCAUGAUGGUUCUGGCGCUGGUCUUUAUCCGAAAGCUUCUAGACUUUUUCUUUACCAAGAGAGAGCUGAGCUGGCUCGAUGACUUGAUGCCAGAAAGCAAAAAGAAGACUGAGGAUGAUAAGAAAAAGAAAGCGCGUGAAAAGCUGGAUGAAGAGUCCGGACUGGAGGAAGAAGAGGAGAUGGGGAUUAAGGACACUUAUGAAGACUCAAACCGGCUCAAGAUCCCAGUGAAGGAACUCUCAGGGAGAUCAUACAGAAUAGAAGUAGUGACCCACAGCGUCCCAUUUUCUGACACUGACCCCUUGGUUGUAAAUAUCUCUGAUGAGAUGGCCAAAACCGCAGUGUGGAAAGCAGUGAACUCGAGUGCAGAGUCUUGUGUCCAACCUGUGAAGCUUAGCGGAAGCCAGGAAAAGGUGGCCUGCGUUAGAGUCGACGUCAGCCCAGACACACCUGGAAGAGACUCCACUACCGAGACGUUCCUGUAAUAAAUUGUGCAGACCUCCUUUUGUCCUCAAUACCUUCUCCUUCACAACACUUUUACCACACCGAUGGACGCAAUCUUAGAAGGAAAGGGGACACACUGAACUGGAGCAGCACAACCUCUCUGCAGAGCUCCUUCAGGGUAGCAGAUGAGCUCCCUUAAGGAUGCGAGUCCUUCUUCAACACACGUCUUGAAGUCCGUCAUGUACAGAAUGUGUACGAAUGGUUGCCAAGAUGUACUUUAAAGGAUAAAACUCCAAGAAACAAAGGAAUUCUGCUGUAACUGCCCACCGAUGUUCACUGUUCAGAAAUUCUCUCUGUCUAGCAGCCAUUUAUUACUCAUUUGAAGCACAGACACCAAAGGAAGGGGCCUCACUGGUGGGGGUGUUCAACUGUGUGAAUUUUACUUUUAAACCAUCAAAACUUUUAUUUAUAUUUAUAUUUUACUUUUGUUAUUUUAGCUGUUCAUUUUACUCUACUUGUUCUUUCUUGUUAGCAUUCUCCGUUUCUAUAUAUUUAAGGUGGAACUGAGACCUUUCACUAAAGUACACCAGCUUUGAAACCUUUUUGAUUAAAGCCAUUCAGGUACUGUCAGCACCAGAUAAUUCUAUUUUAUAUUUGGUCUGACACAAUAAAUGACACAAACCAAAACAGACAGAGGUCCAUUCAGAUACUACUACUACUACUACUGCACCACACUAAUAUUACUGCAUACAUCUUUGUCAGAUUUGCUCAUGAAUAAUCUCUCCUGUCUCUAGGGGAACACUCAGUAUUGAUACUGCUGCUCAAAAUUAGUUUUUACUGUAAAGCCUCACUGUUCAUAGUGUAUGUAAUCUUACUGAAAUAUUACGCGUAUGUGUACUGUGUUCUUUUCGUUUGUAAUAUUGUAGAAAUCUACUUCAGAGGCCAUACGAAGUCUGUACUGUAUAGUAAGCACUUUGCCAGUAUAGUUUCUUACCUAAGAUGAAUUAUGGUGUGUUAAUAAAAAGGUUACUCCUCCUCCCUCUGUA